CAAAUCAACGAAAACAAGUGUGAUGACACUGGAACGGUCUCCAAUUUUGAAACGUCGGGGCAGACGACUCGGUUCAAACGGACAAUCAGCUGUUCCAACUACGACGGCUGUAGGGGAAGAUGGCCGCCCCCACGCUGCCCCGCCGGAGCCCGCGCCAGGUUCGUCGAGAAGUGUCUCAACGAGUUUCGACGCCUGCUGUUUGAGGGUUUUGGAGUACAACAUCUCAAAGCUAAGACAAUGGUGAAAAAGCUGGUGAUUGGAACAAGGAAAAGUGAGCUGGCCAUGAUCCAGACGAACUGGGUCAAAGAUGAGCUGAAGAAGAUAAACCCCGAGCUGGAGAUCGAAAUCGUCCCUAUGUCUACAAAAGGCGACAAGAUCCUGGACGUGGCGCUGAGCAAGAUCGGCGAGAAGAGCCUGUUCACCAAGGAGCUGGAGCUGGCGCUGGAGGCGCGCAAGGUGGACGUGGUGGUGCACUCGCUGAAGGACCUGCCGACCGUGCUGCCCGACGGCAUGGUCAUCGGAGCCAUCUGCGAACGGGAGGACCCCAGUGACGCGGUUGUUAUGAAGGAGGAACACCGCGGGAAGAUCCUGCACUGUCUGCCAGCCGGCAGUAUCGUCGGCACAUCGUCUCUGCGCCGCACCGCUCAGCUGCAGCGGCGCUACCCGCAGCUGCAGUUCCGCUCCGUGCGCGGUAACCUGAACACGCGUCUCAGGAAGCUGGAUCAGGGAGGCGGAGAGGCCGACUUUGCCGCCAUCGUGCUGGCCGUGGCCGGCGUCACACGCAUGGGCUGGGCCGACAGGAUCAGCGCGAUCCUGCCGCCGGAGGACUGUAUGCACGCCGUCGGCCAGGGCGCGCUGGCCGUCGAGUGUCGCGCUGACGACAUGCCCAUACUGCGGCUCGUAUCAGCCCUCUCCCACCGGGAGACCAAGCUGGGCUGUGUGGCCGAGCGGGCCUUCCUACGUCAGCUAGAGGGCGGCUGUUCGGUACCGGUGGCGGCGCGCACCCGCCUCCACCGACACGUCCUACAUCUGACGGGAGGUGUCUGGAGUUUGGAUGGCACUCAGGAGGUGCGCCGCACCCUGGCGGUACCUCUUCCUGGACACGGUGGAGGCGAUGGAGACUCUAACGGCGCGGGUGAUACAAAGAACGGCGCAGCGGAGAACGGCGCAGAGCCGGCGGCCAAGCGUCGUCGCACGAUGAGCGCCGGCGGGGAGCGACACUUUGUCGGCGUCUGGGCGCCUCACGAGGAACACGAGGAGCUGGAGGUGGCCGAGAAACUCGGCAUCGAUGUGGCGCUGAUGCUGAUCGGGAUGGGAGCGAAGCCGAUACUGGACGCGGCCAAGGCGGCCAACACGGCGCCGGCCCCGAACGACCCGCCGCGGCCGGCCAACGCAGAAGGCGCUGGUGCCUGUCCGGUGGCCGCCGGUGGGGCUGCUUCUCUCGCCGCCGCUGCCGUGGGAGCGACAGAAUGAUGACAGCUUUAUCCGACGGUCAGAACCACCGUCAUGUCGCUGUUAGUGCCUUCUAAGCUUCAACAUGGUGGUAAUCGUAUAUUUUUUCAAAUUUGCUGAAAGGACCGGCAGCGCUUGACUUUUGUAGACGCCAUAUCGUAUAUUGUUAUGCUUUAGACCGUCGGUGUUGGUGAUGCAGCAGAUCUGCUUUAUACGGAAUGUUGACGUCACGCUGACGUCAUACCUAUGGAAAUGACGUCAUGGAGCGGGUAGAGAGCACGCUCCAAAUGGUGAGCGGUACCGGGUGGCGGCAGUGAUAUUGUCACAACUUCCUUUCUCUCUUCCUCGUCACAUGUAUUACCCAUGACUAAGCACUCAUUUUCUAUGGUCUCCCGAUGGCUGGGGCUGUGAGUUGUCUCAACUUCACUGGUCUUCACUUUGUUUAUCGGCUUAGAUUCUGUAUCUGGUUGCGGUGAGGGAUGAACCAAAGGCAAUGCAAUGUAGUGCUGUCAAUGUUAGCGAAUCAACAAGCUGGUAGCGCUCGAAACGAGCGCCAAAAGUCGCUGUUUUGUUGGCGUUUUUACCUUUUUUACGAACUUAUCCCAUCACAUGAUGUUUAAAAGUGCUGUUGAGAUGGUAAAUCGUAUGCCCUGUUUGAUGUUUGUGGCAGCAAAAUGUAACUAUCAAGAAGCACUGAA